UUACUUGCCAAUCAUGGCGCCUUUACGUUAACCUCAAUUUACUGGGCAAAAAACUCAGAAUGGAAGAAAUGUGUCUUUCACAUACAAUAUUGGAUUCUGCCGUUUUUGUCAAACAAGUACAGCCCUGGAAAACUAGAUUCGAUGUAAAAGCAUGGGAAAGAGGGAGAAAAAUAAGUAAAAGAGAUGUGCAAUCGAAUGACAAAAUGACAGGGCGUGCAAUCGAGAGGGAAAAAAACGAAUAAAGAUUCCCGUUUCGGGAACAUGGAAUAUUGGUAGAGUGCGACUGAAUACUACAUUUACAGAGUGCAAUGGCGUAUUAUUGCAUCAGCAAGCGGCUACCGGCUACCGGCUGAGAUUUUUAUUCCGUGGUCGAAAAAUUAUGUGGCGGAAGAUGGAGUGGGGGCUUGAGCCAGCUAAGCAGUCCAGCUGGUAGGGUAGUGGAAUGGGUGUGUGGGACCCGGGGUCUGAGAAGCACAUGCUUUCGGAACCCUAGGGAGCAGCAGUCCAGAUAGAUUACACUCAUUUUUACACACAGGAACAAAAGUGCGGACCAGCGUAGUGGAGAGCAGAACAGAGUAUAGCAUGCUUUGCUGCGUUCAGAGACAUUGUUACGGAUCAAGCAACUAACAUAAGUGCACAAAAAGGAAUUUUUUAAAAGGGAGUCUGAAUUGUGGAAACCGUGACUGCAUGUACAAGCAUGGAGAAGAAUAAGCGGUGGAGAAGCUGUUUCUGUUGCGGAUGCUGCAAAUGUGACUUCCCUUAUUGUAAUCAUUAUUAAUUUGUUUAACAAGAGGGAGUUUAAAUUGGGAAGAUUUCUAUUAUUGGAUGCACUGGCUGUUUGCAUGGUGAGUGUUAUUUUUGGAAUUGGAGUUGGACUUGGAGUUGAGAGGGAGAUAAGAGUUGCUUAAUUUAACCCGGUGUCAAUCAAAACGCCGUUCCCUCAUUCCUUCAUUUCAUUGUCAAUGUGAUUGCUUGUGUCAGAGGGCUGCGAUUAUUGCAGCUGAAGGACGAUCCCGGAGCAGAGGAUUUGUUGAGCCGAGCAGGUGACACGUCCAAGGUUCGAUCCGCAACUCUUGCACAUGAAGAGACUAGGAUAUUUUGUGCUUCUGGUCCUCUUUUGCAUCAGCCCAGUUGGGCAGGCAAUCAGAGAUGGCUUACAGGAAAGGAAUUGGAAAUUAAGAACUUCUGAUUUGCACCUACAGCAGCAGGAUGCUUGCUCACUUAGGAGAGCUCCAUCUUCUCGGCCUCACAGUGUCACUAUUACUGAAUUUGGGGCUGUGGGAGAUGGAGUAACGCUUAACACUCAUGCUUUUGAGAAUGCUAUAUUUUACCUUCGAUCUUUUGCCGAUAAAGGUGGUGCCCAGCUCUUUGUUCCGGCAGGAAAAUGGUUGACUGGGAGCUUCAACCUCACAAGUCACUUAACUCUAAACUUGGACAAAGAUGCAGUAAUUCUUGGAUCACAGGAUUCAAAACAUUGGCCAGUGCUUGACCCUUUACCAUCAUAUGGUCGAGGUAGGGAACUAAGUGGAGGACGGCAUAGCGGCCUUAUAACUGCAUUCAAUGUGACAGAUGUUGUAAUAACAGGUGACAAUGGUACUAUUGAUGGGCAGGGAUCUAUUUGGUGGGAUUGGUACCAUAAUCAUACUUUAAGUUACACCCGUCCUCAUCUUGUUGAGGUGGUAGACUCAACUGAUGUCGUCAUCUCAAAUCUAACAUUCCUGAAUUCACCAUUCUGGAAUAUACAUCCAGUGUACUGCAGCAAUGUGCACAUUCAAGAUGUAACCAUCCUUGCUCCGUCGCACUCACCUAAUACAGAUGGAAUUGAUCCAGAUUCGAGCUCAUAUGUUUGCAUUGAGAACUGCUAUAUAAGCACUGGUGAUGAUUUGAUCUCAAUCAAAAGUGGUUGGGAUGAAUAUGGUAUUGCCUAUGGGCGUCCCAGUUCCAAUAUUAUCAUCCGUCAUGUUACUGGAGAAACACCCACAAGUGCUGGCCUUGCUUUAGGCAGUGAGAUGUCUGGUGGAAUCACAGAUGUGCAAGUUGAAAACUUUAAUGUUUAUAAUUCAAGAUAUGGUAUCAGGUUGAAAACUGCUCCAGGCAGGGGUGGAUAUAUCAAAGAUAUCUUCAUAUCCAAGGUGACAUUGAAAGAUGUGCAAAUUGCAUUUGCCUUUACAGGGUCCUAUGGUGACCAUCCUGAUGACGGCUAUGAUCCAAGUGCCCUUCCAGAUGUUGAUAGGAUAAGCUUUACAGACAUUGUGGGAGAUAAUAUCAAAACUGCAGGUUACAUGGAGGGAAUCCGGAAAGCUCCAUUCACAGGGAUUUGCCUGUCAAAUAUUUCCUUCAAUGUCACUUCAGAGUCUGCCUGGAACUGUUCAAAUGUUUAUGGCUUCUCAGAAUCUGUCUUUCCUCUUCCAUGUUCACAGCUCCAAAACCCAAUCCCUGGCAGCUCAUCAUUUUGUCCAUCUCAUUUUAUCAGUUCAAGCAAAGAUAUCUAAACAAGCUGCACAUAUUGUUUGUGGUUGAUUUUGUCCUUUUUGGUUUAGGUUAAUCCUGAAUCCCAUUCUUCAUUUUUGCAAUGCCUUUUGUACUAUGUUAUGUAGGCAAUAGUGUCCAUAGCAUUCAGAAUUAUAUUGAACUAUUUACUACAUUCUUCUUUAUUUCUAUCUAAUAAAGUUCAGCUCUUCCCUUACAAUUAAACCUUACAUGCCUGCAUUUAUUCUUACCAGAUAGGCCUUCCAAUUGAAAUCCUGGCAUUAGAGAUUUCCUCUCAAAACCAUACAGCCCUUCUGACUGAAACCCUGGCACUGAAGCAAGAUGCUCCUCUGUGCCAUCUCAACAAUGAGUUAGAAGUCUACUGAAAUUCAUGUAUGUACACUUUUAAUGAGUUUCCUGUAAAAAACGGAGAAUCGUUGCCCUUUGGGAAUCAGUAAUUGGUGGUUGGAUGAUUUUUUGCAUAUUCAUUUGUUGCUGGUAAGCAAGAGCUAGCAGCUUAAAUUUAGCUGUGAAACUCUUCAAAUUAUGUGUAAUCCUCCUGUUGGCUUUGAUGCCAUCAUGUACAGCAUCAUUUUUAAUUUAAUUUUGAUACCUCCAAGGUGAUUUUUGAA